AUGAAAAAUGACAGCUGGGAAUGUUGGCAAAAUUCAAGUAAACAAGGCAGCAUUGGUUCAAUUUCUCAGAUUUCUGAGAGCAAAGUUUCUGUCUUAAUGACAAUGGCUGAAGGGGAUGUGUUGCUCGCAAAGGACCCUGUAGGUUCUGAGACAUGUACAGCUGAAGUCCCUUCAAUUAAAGACAUAGAGCAGCUUUUGAAUACUGGGCAAUCUUCUUGUAACCACACUGAUGAAGUAUGGCCUAACCUCUUCUUAGGAGACCUAGUUACAGCUCACAACAGAUUUGGUUUAUGGAAGAUGGGCAUUACCCAUGUUUUAAAUGCUGCCCAUGGCACAAUGUUAUGCCAAGGAGGCCAAGACUUUUAUGGCACUAGCACUGAUUACUAUGGCGUACCAGCCUAUGACCUUCCAGACUUCGACAUAAGCCAAUACUUUUUCUCUGCAGCAGAGUUUAUACACAAAGCCUUGAACACACCAGGAGCUAAAAUUUUGGUGCACUGUGCGGUUGGAAUAAGCAGGUCAGCUUCUUUGGUGUUGGCAUACCUCAUGAUAAAUCAUCACCUCCCGUUAGUCAAAGCCAUCAAAGCAGUGAAGGAACAUCGAUGGAUUUCACCCAAUCAAGGGUUUCUGAAACAGCUGCGAAAUUUGGACAUUCAGCUACGACAAACAAGAGGCUGUUGAUCAGUGAAUAGAUCCAAAAUAUCUUUAAGUCACUUUUUAAAUGUCUAGGAAUGUUCUCAUGAAGAUUUGGUCUUCAGAAUCUUUGCACUUA